UAUAAUUGACCUACAAUAUAUUCAUGGAAAUCAUGUUUUUUUGUUUAAAUGUGAUUGGUGGGAUGUUGGGGAUAAAAAAAUGGGAUUAAAACAUAUGGUAAUUUACAUACCAUUAACACGAGCCGUAAAUGGUACAAAAAUGAUCCUUUUGUGUUAAUAUCUCAAGUACAUCAAGUUUUCUAUGUCAAUGAUAUGAAAAAUGGGGGUCCUUGGAAAAUUAUGCAAAAAUCAUAUCCUAGGAAUAUAUAUGAUGUCCCAGAGAAGAAAGAAUCAUACAAUGAAGAUUCAGUAUUAAAUGAUGAGCCUUAUCAACAAUAUGAGACUGAUUAUCUUCAUGAAGUUGAACAAGUUGAUGGUGAAGAUUUAGAAUCUUUGCACCAUAUCGAUGUACUUCCAGAUGAAGUUGAUGUUAGUGAUGUGCUUCAAAUUCAAAGGUCAAAUUCAGUGGAAGAGCAUUAUAACAAAGGUUCUAGUGAUGAAGAGGAUGAUACUAUGAUUAAUUAUGAUGAUGAUAGUGAUGAAAAUGAUGAUGAAGAUGAAGAUGAAGAUGAAGAUGAAGAUGACGAAUAGUGUUUUUAAAAAAGUGUAUCAAUGCGAUUUGGCUUAUGUGUUGCUGUACUUUUGGUCGCUAAAAUCAUUGUUGCUGCUGCGUCUCUUCUCUCAACAAGGACUUGGUGUUCUCAUGCAGUUACAAGCAAUGAAUUGUGGCCAGAGUAUGAGAUAAGAAAUGAGGAUGAAAUGAGUUUGAUUCCGAAGUCUGAUGAUAAUGAACACGAUAAGCAAUUGGUAUUGAAGAAGAGAUUGGAUGGCACCAUAUUUAUAUGGAGUCAUUGUUAGACUGUUUCAAGUUCUUGUUGACUCCUGCAAUA